UUCCCCUUUAUUCUGCUUCAGCUGAAGAGUUCAUUUUUUGACUCAGCUGCCUGGCUGUGAGUCCCGUCUUCAGUGGCACGGCUCUCCUGGGGCUGGGCCCAGACCUGGCAGAGAGACUUCUGCUAGAACAGACGAGCGGGGCCCGAGGUGGCAACAGAGACGUUGGUACAGGGUUGGCAGAAAGCCUGGAAACCAUGAUCCGAAGAGAGAGCAAGAGGAAAUCGCGAGCAGAAGCCCACAACCCGACAGAUCCCGGCCCCAUCCUGGGUACCAGCAAGAUCCGCCGGCGGAAGAGCCGACGCCGGAUGACCUGUCCGAACCCCGGGGAAAUCAAUCAAGCACUGACUUCCAUUACCUUCAGAGAACUGAACCGCUCCUGCACGCUAGACGACUUGAUUGAGAAAUGCCUGCGCUCCUUUGAUUUGGACGGCAACCUUUGUACCAGCGAUUUCAUGGUAAACAUGACCCUAACUGUCCACAACUGGGUCGUGCCAUCAGCGGAGUUAGCGCGCCGCCUCUCGACUUUAUAUCCUUUGUUCGGCAUCGCCCACAUCCCUUCGAACAGCUACGAAAGCAGCCCCGGCUGUGGAAAGAAACGGAAGGUGUCGUUGCUGUUCGACCACCUCGACGCAGGCCAGUUGGCGAACCACCUCAGUUACCUGGAGUUCAAGGCCUUCUGCCGCAUCUCGUACCUGGACUUCCAGAGUUACGUUUUGCAUGGCUCGGUUCACGGCAGCCCGGCCCUGGAGCGUUCCAUCGCCUUGUGCAACAGCAUCUCCCAGUGGGUGCAGGUCAUGAUCCUCAGCCGGCCGACAAUCCAACAGCGAGCUGAAGUCUUCACAAAGUUCAUCUGUGUGACUCAGCUCUCCCUAGACCUCUACUACACAGAUGAGGAAAUCUACACGCUGUCGUAUGCGCGUGAACCCCGCUACCCUAAAUCCUUGCCAGCCACACAGUUCAAGCCGCCUGUGGUAAUGGAAUGGGCACCCCGAAUGGCCCCGAAAGCCGACCGGACCACCAUCAGGAAGCACGUCCAGCAGCUGGUUGAGUCUGUGUUCAAGAACUACGAUCCUGAGCAACGGGGCUACAUCUCUCAAGAGGAUUUUGAAACCAUCUCCACGAGCUUCCCCUUCUCCUUCUACGGGCUGGAAAGAGAUCGCGAGGGACCGUGGAACCGGGAAGAACUCCUGGAGUAUUUCAUGCGGGCCUGCGCCAUCUUCUCCAAACUGUUCCUGGCAAAUAGUAAUUUCCACGGACUAAUCACAUCUGCCACCUUCUGUGACAGCUGCAGCGGUUUUCUCUGGGGAGUCUCCAAGCAAGGAUACCGGUGCCGGGGUCCCGCAGAGCGUUUCACCAGGGACCACCGUUAG